GGAAAGUUUUAUCUGGUCAUCGAGGAGCUGAGCCAGCUGUUCAGGUCGCUUGUUCCCAUCCAGCUGUGGUACAAGUACAUCAUGGGGGACGACUCCUCCAACAGCUACUUCCUGGGCGGGGUCCUGAUCAUUCUCUACAGCCUCUGCAAGUCGUUUGACAUCUGCGGUCGCGUGGGUGGACUCAGGAAAGCACUGAAACUCCUUUGCACCUCCCAGAAUUACGGGGUCCGAGCCACGGGGCAGCAGUGUACGGAGGCUGGCGCUGUCUGCGCCAUCUGCCAGGCUGAGUUCCGAGAUCCCAUGAUUCUCCUGUGCCAGCACGUGUUCUGUGAGGAGUGCCUCUGCCUGUGGCUGGACAGGGAGCGCACCUGCCCGCUCUGCCGCUCGGUUGCCGUGGAUACCCUGCGUUGCUGGAAGGAUGGGGCCACGUCUGCACACUUGCAGGUGUACUAA